AUGUCAACACGAAUAUCAAUCCCGCGUGGACUUCCACCUCCUCUUCCAGAUGAACUUUCAAUGCUAUUCAGUGACUACUUUGGGCGUUUUGUUAAAAAUGACCCGGUCUAUCUGGGGUUGAACCGCGUCACCUGGAAUCUACCAUUUCCACUAGAACGCCUUUCUUUACUACCACAGGAGCUCACUCCUGAGCUGGUAUUUCGUUCUCCACUGGACAAAGUUUUAUGCCGGAUCGUUACGUGCUGGGAUGCGAAUGACCGCACUGUUCUGGUGGAUGAAUUUCUUGCUAAUCUUUUCAGAACCAGCUUGUUCGGUCAAGUUUAUGAGGCACUUUCUGCCAGAAACGCAACACAACUCACUCGUCCCCGGUUCGAAUCAGCUUUUAAGCAAGUUUGGUUCGGUCAGUAUUCUUGGGACAAUAUGUCAAACAGGCGGCUACAAACUUGUGGAUUUCAGCAUGUUUAUAUAAAUGGUCUCGUGUGCAAUGGGAAAGGAAUAUUUGGAAACAAAAAUGAAGUUGAAGGGCGUUGCUCAAGGGGUGUGGAAAUGUUGAGGCCAAUUGGACAAUAUCUUUGUGACAAGGGAUUGAAUAGUGCACAUGCUGAUUUAUCUACGGAAUCUGGUGUUUCUCUGGAACACGAUGACGCAACUGAAUUACGCCACGCGACACUCGAAGGCAGGUGGAAUGAUGCAGAGGCUGCGGUCGACCGUUUAGCUCCAUUGAUUAGAGAUUUAGAUAGUGCUGAUGAAAUACGAUUACUCUUGCUGGAGCAGCGCUUUCUGGAGCAUUUAGAGGCGAACGAAGCGAUGCAUGCGGUCACCCUACUGCGAAACCGCAUCACAUCGAUGCGGUGUGAUGAACGGUGUGAACACGGAACGAGUUCACACGCUAGCGAUCUGUUUGAUAUGUCGAACUAA